GCCGCGGGGCGAUCGCCUAUCAGGCUAUGCGACCCUCCGUGCGGAGAAAUGGAGCUCCCACAGCCGAACCUCGCACAAUGGAAAUCUGUUCACUAGAUUCUGGAGCGCCUCAAUUUCACUGGAAAUUCCCAACAAGAUAGCCUUCAGCCGUUUCACAUCGUCUUUCUCUGGCUCAGUGACGCGGCGCACUGGGGUGAUGCACUCCCUUCACCGCCAUCUUCCCUCUCUUCCAAACUUUUCCAUUUGACGAUAAAAUGAUACAGGUUACUGAAUUGGGAACACAUCCUUAUGAAGCUUUUGAAAAAGACACAAACAAAAUUAAAAGUCACAUAGAUACAUUCCUGAUAUUAAGUUUCAAAGUGAAGUGUGAUUUUCAAAUAUGAUAUUAGCUAUGUAAACUGCAGGUGAUAAUGGAACAGAACACAAAUCAUGAACAGAAAAGUAAACUGUGUGGACAGAACAGGUCGAAAUUAAGAUUGUUACUUCACAAAAUGUGAAUCACAUGAAGUAAAAGCCAACUAAGAUUUUUGAACGUCUAGUAAUCAGGACCAUGAUAGAAACCACAGUAUACUCAUCAAAUUGCCAAAUCCCACAGCCUCCUGAACCUCAUAUGAUUGGGAGAGUCAAGCCAUUUAAAUACUGUCAGCGCCUAUACAGAUGUUGUUGGAAUGGAGGGGAAUCACAAUUAAAAACACACAUAUCUAGUGUCAUUAACUCCUCUCUGUUUUAUAUGUUCCCCAAAGAAAUGCAAGAAACUCUCUCCAAUAAUCACAGAAAGGCUUUCAUGCAGGGGUGAAGGCCAGCGACAGUUCAUAGAGAUAACGUCUAUCAAUUCAGGGAUGAAGGAUUUAGGGCAUAUUCACAGAAGGAAUGCAGGGCAGCAGGAAAACGAGUAACCAGCAACUUCAAGUUUAAGCUCCAGAAAUUAGAAAAAGCUCUAGAAGAUAAAGAUGUCAACUUGAGAAGAAUUCAUGCAGCAUAUGCCUUCUACAAAAGCACAAGCCUAUAACAACCCAAAGACUGGACUGGUAAAUUUAAAUCUGCACAGGUUUUAGAAGGUGAAGGAUAUAUGGGCAAUGCAGUGAUUUUUGGCCUUAGGAGAACUGACAUUUCAUUAGUCUUGGGAGCAUGUAUUUUAGGUGUUGAGAGACACUGACUUCAUUUCACAAUUCAUCACGUUAGGAAUGUGCUUUAAUUACAUUUAUUGAGCUUCUAUCACAGGUUGCGUGGGAAACAUUUCAGAGCUCAGUUCUGGAGCACUUCCCACGUCUCCACAAUUCUGAACGGAGAGACAGGUCCACACAGGGCCAUGCGUGCUCCACACAUGGUGGCUCCCUGUGCUGUGGGUGGCAGUUCACCCUGUGCCCUGCACCAGCCUGUGCUGCAUGAAGCCUGGAGGAAGGUAAAACCCACAGGGGGCAGAGGAGGCACAGUGGCCUCCUGAGUCCUCAGGGUCCUGCCCAGGGUCAGCUUGGAUCCAGGCUUGUGGUCACUUCCACCAGCUGUGUGGAAACUAGCCUUUAAUGACUCCCUGGAUGCUGAAGUUCACUUUCUGGAUUCAUCGUGGGAAAAGCACAUUCUCAGGCAGCGACUGCACUCACUCCACCUGGCAGUCCACCAGGAGAGUCCCGGUGCCCCUGGGAGAGGACCCGUUGCUCCUCCUGGGCUUCAAAGUGAGGCACAGUAAACAAGGUCCUUGGGGCAACAGGGGACAGGUGAGUGACGUGCUCUGGGAGGAGAGGUCCUGUCAUUCUGCCCCUGAAAUACAGGGCCAGGCGCAGCCUUUCCAAGACUCCUCACUGAGUCAGGGAGGCCGACUGCCUGGAGCAGGGCCCUGCAGCCCUGGGCCUGGGAGAGAGAGGAGGGGAGCCCAGGACUCUAUUCCCCCUGCCCAGUCCACGCCUGGUAAGGACUGCAUUUGAUGUCUGGCUUCCUCCUGAAUGUCCUUCCUCUCAUGACAUGCCCACAUCUUCUUCUCUCUUAGUUCCAUCAACUGUUCUGUUCUUUUCUGCAGACACGGUUUCCCUCUCUGAUCUGGCCUGUGUUGAAGUCGUGUGUACUUCUUAGCUCUCCAAAUCCAUCCUGUCUUCAACUGAGUUUUCCUUUAACACUGAGAGCACUUGGUUUCCUCUGUGCUGGGUCCUGUCCUUCCUGAUUAGAGCACAGGUGAGAGUUCCCCCCAGUCCCGCCCUUGACCUCUGGGUCUCCUGUUCCCUGGUCUCUGGGAGGCGCUGCCUCCAUUCAGUGCCUCCAUGGAUGCGGGGUUAUUCUGGAGCAGUUUAGCUCCAGGGUCACUUCAUUAUUUCUUUUCUGCUCUGUAGCUAGUUUUAGUUUCUCUUCCAAGAUUCCUUUUACUUUUCAUACAUGUCCAGUUGGAGGCGUAGCCUAAUUUUAUCAUGUAACAAUUGGUGGGUUCAUUUUAUUGGAUGCGGCUUAACUGAGUCAUAAUCAAUGGUGUUUGAAUAAUACUUUUAUGGUGGAAUACAGACCUCAAGUGAGUUUUAUGCUGAUUUUCUCCCAGUAGCCUUAAUAAUCUCCCAAAUGAUUCAUAUGUUUAGCCAACAUUAUUGUCUACAAUUUAAUCUGUGUAGGUAAAAAAAUAAUGUUGCCUUCUUCCCAGUGAUUAUCAACUAUUCCUUCCGUAUUAACAAUAAAACCCUCUGCUUUCAUGAGGGGCAGAAGCAGAGAGAGAGAGGUUAUCUGCACUGGAAUCUGAUAUGAGAGAGAAGUUUUCCAUAUUCAACCCCAAACAUGGUAUUGUUGACAUUAUUGAUAUUUUUCACAGAAACAAAUCCUUUUUACUCCUAUCUCAAAAACUUUUAGCUUUAUAUGUGUGGCCUUUAAUCCCAUGAUUUUCUGGGUCUAUUGAGGUUGAUGAUGAGAUUUCUCUUUGACUCUACUCCUGGGGGUGGUCACACAGCUGACCUUUCUAAUCCUGAACCUCCUUGCACUUAUGACAACUCACUUGCUCAUUUUGGGAUACCUUUGGCACAGUUUGGAAUUGCUGUCAGCCAUGAUUUUGUGCAGAUUGCUUUUUAUCUGGAAGUGGAAGGACACACUCUUGUCAUCAACGUUUCAACUGCAUUUCCUCUGUUGUGAAGGCUCUGCUGCCCUCACAGUGUGAUUAAGAGAAACCACUUUCCUGCCCUUAGGAAGGGUUUGCAGAUGUUUCUGCAUCUGGUGGUUGGCAUCCUACGCUGUUGAAGCAUUCCUUGGGAAUCCUUAGGAAGCCCUUUUCCGCAAUAUUCCAUGUCAUGCUGGCGAGCACUGCACUGUGCUGCUGCCUGCGGGUCUGAAAUCUAAGGUAAGUCGAGUCUCCUAGGGUUUUCUCAUGUCUCGUUCCUCUGAAUUCACUGACAUAGUCCAUCCAACAUCACCUUUUCACACACACCUGUGGAUUCUCAGUGUCUUUCUCACACUGUACACCUGACACUGUGGAGCCUUCACAUGGGGCAGAGGGACAGUCUCACAGGAGGGGUUAAAUGCAGUAGUCUUUCCAAGGAACUGUGUUUGCCUUUGCUUUUCCUUUCUAUUGAGGUUCUUUGAUAUUUUUCUGCUGCCUUCACAGAAAUCCUCUCUCCCUCCUUUUCUAGGGCUCCUUCUGCUGUUCCUGUUCUAAUGCCAUCAUUCUUUCACAGGCUCUCAUCCAGUCUUCACAUUUACUUCUGGAAGGCACGUCCACAGUGCUUUCCAUAAUAGAGUUUAAGUCACCAGGUGGUAAGUAAAAGGUGCUUUGUGUUUUGAACAUACUGAAGAUCAGGGUUUUCCUGUUUGUCUUUUGUGACUCCAGAUGAAUUGCCAUGUCACAUGAGCCCUUGCACUUGUGGCCCUCACUUCAGGGCUGGCUGCUGGGUGCAUUUCCCUGCUGCUUCUUCAGUGCCUGGGGAGAAAGCUGGGAUCUCACAGUGACUGUGGGGGUGGUGCUUUUAUAGCAGUUAGGUGGAGUGUGAACUGACCUGUGGGUUUGUUGUGUUCUGACCUGGUGUGUUCCGCCCACAGUGAUCCACUAAGGAUGUGUGUUUACACCAUAAAUACUGAUGCCAUGUGUAUAUGAGGACAGCCAUUUAAGGGGUGCAUUUCAAUGCAGUGGGUUUUGUAUACCCAGGGGUUCUGUCCCCUAAAGCACAUUUCCCAACAUAUGGAGGGCGACACCUUUAGGUAAGUCAGUGUGCAGUUUGUGAUCAUCAUUGUUCCCUGGAAGUCCCCCUGUCUCCUUCACUGGGUGGGUCUUACUCAGCUCAGGUGCUGGUGCUGCAGGCCAGUUCAUCUGCUCUGACUGGGACUCUCCGGGACCUGCUGAGGAGCUCAUGCUGUUGCUUUUGACCCAUGUGCGUUUGUAUGUACAGUGUGACUCUAUUAGACAGCACACAGGGGUCCACCACUAUUCGAGUCACCCUAGAGUCCUUAGUGUGGAUCUGCUGUACAAAAUUACAGCCCACCCACAGCAAGACACAUGAGACGUGGAAUUUUUCAGUCUUGCAAUCUCGGCCUUCAGCUUAGUCUGUUUAAUUCAGUUACUUUUUACAGAUUUAUUCCAACUUUAUUGAGGUCUAAUUAACAAAUAUUACCAAUAUUCUUUUAGGUGAAGAAUGUGUUGACCUGGUGUACUCUGUAAAAUGACCACAAAAAGUCAAGUUGGUUGGCGAAUCAAAGUGUGUGUUUAUGUGUUGAGAGUAUUUAAGAUCACUUUUCAACAAACUUGAAGUACACCACACCUUAAUACCAUCUUCUUCUUGUAUGUUACCUUGGACAUGCUGAAAUUACUUCUCAAGUGCAUGAAAGUUUGUACCCUUGAUACCACGUCUCAGUUCCCAGCUCCCAACUACUUGCACCCACCUCUCUCCCUCCCUGUUCCUCUAAGUUCAACAUAUUUAGGGUUCACGUACAAGGGAAAUCAUACAAUAUUUCCCUUUCUAUCUGGUUUCUUUGACAAAUAAAAUGUCUUCUAGAUUGAAGACAUGUUGACACAAUUGAGAGGCUUUCUUCCUGCAUGUGAAGGAAUAUUAUUUCAUUGCAUAUGUGUGUGUGUGUGUGUGUGUGUGUGUGUGUAUCAUGUAUCCAUCCACACAUCACAAUCAUUUAAUCCUUGUGUUCAUCGGUGGACACGCAGGUUGUAUCUAUAUCUUGGUUUUUUAAACAUGCUGCAGGGAAUGCAGGAGGCAGACACCUUUGAGAGACUGAUGUUAAUUCCUCUGUGUGUGUUGAGGCGGGAUUGCCAGGGCACAUGGUUGUUGCACUUGCAAAGUUUUGAGCCAACUCCACCCAAUUUCCAUGAAGGUUGUUCCAUUGAACUCCCACCAGCAGUGCCCAUGAGUCUCCUUUGAUUCCCAUCUCAACUCCUGCUUGUUCCUCUUGCUUUAUCAUAAUGGCCAUUGAUGAAGUUACAUCUCAUUCUCAUUUUGAUUUUCGUUUCUCUCAUGGUCUGUGAGGUAGAGCACCACUUCAUUUGCCUUUGUCCAUUUAAAGAACUCUUUAGAAUAACUGUCUAUUCAUGACACCUGUCUAUUGAAAUAAUAUUCUUUUCUUCUGAGUUGUAUCAUGUCUCUUUAUAUAUUGUGGAAUUAGCCUCCUGUCUGAUAUAGUAUUUGUGAACACCUUCUCUGAUUCAAGUUGCUUUUUCUACUUAUUACUUUUUGUCACGCAGUAACUUUUUAGUUUGAAUUGAUCCUUCUGUUUCUUUUUCCGUCACAUGUAGUUUUGUUGUCAUAUCCAAAAAUAUAUGUCAAGUAGGUUUUUACUUAUGAUUUUGUCAUAAGAAAUCAUAUGGGGACAGAUCUUACAUUACAUCAUUAAUCCCAUCUGAAUAGAUGUUUUUGUGUGAUAGUAGGAAAGGGUCCGCCAUCAUUCUUUGCAUGUGAAAAUCCAGAUAUUCCUUAUCCCACAAUUACAGGGAUUUUCUUUCUCCAUUGUGAGUUUUUGAUGCCCAAAGUUUAGGUGACUCUAUAUGUUUGAGUUUACUUCAGGAAUCAUCAUUCUCUUCAGUGGUUAACAUUACUUUUAUGACACUAAUGUACUUAUUAGAUUACUAGAGUUUUUUGAUAAUGUUUAAAAUCAUCAAGUGUAAUGAUCUCAAAGUUUAAUACAUCUCAGCAGAGUUUUGGCUAUCAGGUAUGUUUGUGGAGAGCCACAGACUUUCAGGAUUGGUUUUUCCAAUUCUCUAAAAACUGGUAUUAGAAUUUUCAUUGAAAUUCCAUUGAAUCCAUGAUCCAAUUCAGUAGCCUGGGCAUUGUCCCAACAUUAAUCAUUUGUUUUCCCUGCCUAAUUGCUGUGCUAGGACUUCAAGUAUCAUGCUGAGAAAAGAGGCAACAGUGUGCUUAUUAGAGGAAAAGCCUUUGGCUUGUCGGUAUUGAGUAUGAUGUUGGGGUGAGCUUCUCACUCAAUGUCUUCACUAUGUCAAGGUACAUUCUUUUCAUGCCUAAUUGCUUGAGAGUUUUUAUCAUGAAAGAAUGUUGAUGGUAUUUGCACAUCAAUUGAGGAUGCUGCUGUGUCUGCAUCUAUUGGGAGGAUCAAUCACUUCACAUUUCCUUUGGCUAAUAUGAGCAUCCAUUGAUUCAGUUGUGUGUUGAUACAUACUUCACCCCUGGUGUAAAUCCCAGUCCUUCAGGUUGAAUGAUCCUUUUAAUGUGCUGUUGGAUUCUGCUUGUUAUGAUUUUUUUAAAGUGCAUGCAAGCAUGUUCUUCAAAGACACUGACCAGUAACAUUCUUACCACAUAGUGUCCUUGUCAAGCCUUUGUUUUGGGAUAAUACCAUUUCUGCAAAAUGAGUUUGGAACUAAUUUUUGUGCUUAUAUAUUUUUUGAUGUAUGAGAGAAUUAGUAUUAUUUUUCAAAUGUUUGUUAAAACUCAGCAUUGAAGAACUCCUGUCCCAGACUUACCAUCAAUCUACAAUUUAAAAAUACAGAUUCCAUCUUUCUCAUUUGAGUUAACCCAGAUAACCUAUUUCUUUAUGAUUCAUUCUUGGUAGUUGGCAUGUUUCUAAAGUUUAUUCAUUUUUGUAAUUAAUUUAAUUGCUUAGAAUACAACUGUUCAUAAGAAUCUCUGAUCCUUUGUGGUUAUACAUUUUCCCUCUGCUCAUCUAAGUGGGGCUGAUCCCAUUCAUCCACAAAGAUUAUGCAGCUUGUGUAUGAAAUGUCCAGAUGAGAGACUAAUGUCAUCCCUGUCCUCCUGCCCCUGGCCAGAGGGAGUGUGGACUACAUCAAUAUAGAAGAGAAUAUUGUGAUCUGGAUGAUAAAAUCAGGAAAUGGCAAAUGUCCCAAGAAAGGAGAAAAGAUGUCUAAAAGAAGGUCUCUGGCUAGGGUGAGGAGGGAGAGAGGCCAUGCUUAGUGAAACUAGGGAAAAUAAAAUGAUCAAAACAUUUGAGGUUGAGACUGAAAUCAUCAUAUCAUGAUUAAAGACAAGAUGUAUUUUAAAAAAUGAGAGUGUGGUCGCCAUGGUAAUCCGUGACUAGUUCACAAAUUCAAACCAUUAAAACUCACAAAAUUUAAACUGCAUAGUUGGUGGAAGGCACAAAAGAACCUGUGGAGGAACAGGACUCCAAAACUGUGGGAGUUCAAAGAAUAAUUUGAAUACUGAUCCCUUAAUAGGAUAAUGACAGUAGGAUCCCUGCAGCACAGAUCAUGCCCAAGCAGGGAUUGUGGUGAAAGUGUAGCCUGAGAUGACCUGAGAAUGUUCUCAUGGACUUGCUCAGUGUGGAGACACAUGUGGAAUUGACCAGAGGUCCAAGAAGGACUAUGGUUCAGGUGAAGGAAGAACUGGGUGAGGGAGAAAGUAUCCCCAAGCAAAUGAAAUAGUGAAAUAAACUCCAAAAUCCAAGAAGUAUGGUUGAGAUAUUGACCUCAUUCAUUUCAUUGUUAACCUAAAUGAACAUCUUAUCCCUUCCUCUGCAGUUACAUUUUGGAAACUAAUUCUGUUCCUGUAAGAAUCAGACAAAAAUGCCAGACCAAAAAGUAGCUUUUAUUCAUGCUGCAGUCCUCAGGAUACAGGGUCCUUUGUUAUCCUGGGUUAUCAACCACGAUGUGAGUGCUGGUUCUGCUGGACCUUCCAUGUUAUGGGGUUUGUGUGGAGCACUGGGGAAUAUUGAGCAGCAAUCUUGGCCUCAGCCUUCUGCAUUACAGUAGCCCAGCCCAAGAUGUGAGCACCACAAAUGUCUCACAUCAUUGAAGUUUGACCUAUGGGUAUGAAGGGAGGUUGAAAACACUGUGUCUGAUGAGUUUUUAACAGUUAUCGACUUGGCAGAAGAGUGUGUGUCAUGAAAAUCCAACACAGAAGUGCACAGAGUAGUCUUCCUGUUAUAAGGAUCCUGCUCUUUAGAGAGUAGAGAGUACAGAAAUGUAGGUUGAAGAUAAAACAUAGUCUGGGGCUCAGAGGAAUAUGUGCCUUAUAACCCGCACAUUUGUCUUUUACACAGGCCAGUGUCCUAAAUGCUUGAUGUGCCUUGAUUUCCACCUUCUUUGUCCACCUCCUGCUGUGAUCUGUUGUUCCCAGGAAUCCCUGGAAUCCAGGCUCUGGAAGUGUCUCACCACGCCCUGAAACACAGAACUGCACAUUCCAUCAUCUUCUUCUCCUCCUAAACCCUAAUACUAUUGCAAAUCUAUGUCUUAAAAAUAAUUCUAAAUAAUUAUUUCACAUUUGGGGCCUUAUUUCCCUCAAUAAAAUCUUCUAAGCUAUCAUUAAGAUAAUGUUCCUGGGCUGAUGUAACUCAAUUCUCUGCACCUGCCCAGCAUACAGGAAGACCUGGAUUCUGUCCUUGCACACAGCAAGGUCAUAAUAAGGAGAAAAUGUUCCCAAGUGACACAAUGUUUGGUGUAUUUCUAGUCUCACAGCUAUGCGUGGGAGUCACGGGGAACUUGUUCCUCUUCCUGUUGUACAUGCACACCUUCUCAGUCCAGCGUCACAUGAAGCUUAUGGAUCCCAUUUUUUCCCACCUCACCUUGGCCAAUACUUUGACAAUCACGUUCACAUUGACACCACAUAUAGCGUCAUCCUUUGGAGUCAGACGAUUUUUGGAUGAUGUUGGUUGCAAAGCAGUCCUGUAUAUGUACAGAGUGACUCGGGGUGUUUCCAUCUGCACCACCUGUCUCCUGAGUGCCUUUCAAGCCAUCACUGUCAGUCCUAGUAACUCUAAGUGGGCAUGGCUUAAAUUUAAGCUCCAUACACAGAUUUGUCCCUCGUUCCUUUUCUUUUGGAUCAUCAACAUGCUUAUAUACAUCCACGUCAUUGAAACCAUAACAGCCACUAGAAAUUUGACUCUGGUUAGUCGUGCUUAUGUUCAUCCAUACUGCCAAACCAGGCAGUUUGGAAACCAAAACUCAGGGACAUUUCUAAGUCCCAUCUUGAUUCAUGACCUAGUGUUUGUGUUCCUCAUGAUCGGCACCAGCCUGUACAUGGUGAAUCUCCUCUACAGACACCACAGGAGAGCCCAGCACCUCCACAGCUCCCGUGUCUCUUCUCAGACAUCUCCGGAACACAAAGCCACCCGCACCAUCCUCUUGCUUGUAAGUUGCUUCGUGGUCUUUUACUUCUCAAACAACUAUGUGACUCUUUAUUCUUUUUAUGCACACAAGAAAAUCCCAAGGCUGGAGGGGCUGAGUGGAGCUUUAUCUUCAUGCUACCCAACCAUCUGCCCGUUUUUGCUGAUGAAAAACAAUAAAGUUGUUUCCCAAUUUACUUCAUCCUUUUCACAAUAAGAAUUACAGGUUUCCUAAGAGCAUUUGAUGGCUGAACUGACCCACCAUGCUUAUAGAGAAGAGAGUCCCUCAAGAUUCGUCUGGGAAAAGGUUUUUUCUUGUUAACUUGACCACUUCAAAUGGCACUAGUCUGAAUUCAUAUGCUAUACAAAUCUAUUGUGCUCUCACAAUAGGAGACUUAGUUUGAGUAAGUGUAUGUAUGUAUCACUGCAACAAUUUUCAUGUUGAUUACAUCCUUAAAUUAUUAUUCUUUUUAUUUUUUUAAAGAGUGAGAGAGAGUGAGAGAGAAAGAGAGAGAAUUCUUCAAUAUUUAUUUUUCAG